AUGCGGGGAAAGCGCAAGGCUUCCUCCGGCAGGAAUCAAGAUCAAGGUCUGCAGCUGGUCCCUCAAGUCCAGCCAGUCAAAGUUGCAAGGAAGGCUCCACACCCGGAGGCCCAGCAAGAAGCUGGCACCCGCUCUGGCGGCACCGUGCCGCGGGAUGGUAACAUUGAAGAAACAGCGGAUGGUCGCUGGGAGGUGCGGCUGGCUGACCUGCCAAGUGGCACCAGUGCCAAGAGCCUUCGCGCUUUCCUUGGUGAUGAGGUGGAACACUCGUCGGUGCGACUUGAUGCAGAAGCAGGCCAGGCAGUCAUAGCCUUGGAGAGCAAAGCAAGCGCGGAGUCCUGUCUGCGACGUUGGGAAGGAUUCGCAGCUGCGAUGGGUUCGGUUCCUAAGCGACGUGGAAGCAGGCAAGGCGGAACAUCGAGGCCGAGGAAGGCUUGGGACUCCUGGUCCUGGCAAGCCGGCUCAGCCCAGACUGACGAGUCUGGCGGCGCACCUGUGCAGCCCGAGCCCAUGGAGUCCAGGGGCUUCUCAGAAUCUGACGAUGAUGCAGGCCAAAGCACGUCUGCUGGUCAGAAGGCCGCUUCCUCCAAGUCUGCGAAGCAAGGCAGCUCGGAUGCGCUUCAGCAGUUGAUCAGGAAAAUCGCUGACUUCGCCUCCCGCCGACGGCUGAACGACGCCGUCAGAACUUUUGAGCAGAUCGAGAAGCGAGGGCUCGAGCCGAGUGUGCAAGCCUAUGCAAGCUUGAUCAAUGCAUAUGUCAACAGUGGUGACAUGGCUGGAGCUGAUUCAGCAUUUUCGCGGAUGCUGGCGGCUGGACUUCGGUCGAAUGUGGUGGUCUGCACAGCGUUGCUGAAGGGUUACUGUCGUUCUGGCGAUGUGCGGAGAGCACAGUCCGUGCUUGAGAAGAUGUCUUGCCAGGAGCCUCCGGUCAGGCCGGACUUACGCCUUGUCAACACGCUGCUUCGUGGGUGCGUCAGGGCCGGCGACCUUGCAACAGCCGAGUCCGUGUUUCGUAGACUUCCCGAGUGGGAGCUGUCGCCAGACGCUUCAUCUUGCUGCUUCAUGUCGACGUUGCUGGGCCAGGCCCUGCAGGUGAAGAAGAUUGCAGCACUGCUGCGAUUGCCGGCCUUGGCUCAAGCUCCAGAGGGAGGACAAGAAGCAGGACCGUCCAGGAAAUCGGAAGAAGCUUGCAGGUUUUGGCAGAAGGGAAAAUGCAAGAAAGGUGCUGCUUGUCCUUUCUUUCACGACCCGGCAGUUGAGGUUGCUCAGAAGGCUGCGCGUGAGCCAGAAAGGCUCGCUGCCGUUGCCAGCAUUGGACUGGAUGAGGCACGCGCGGCAGCAUUGCUUAAGCAACCGCUUGCUUGCAAGCGUGCGUUGCGAGCAGUGGAGAACGCCCUCGCAGCCGCCAAGGACACACCGAGGCUGCGCAGUUCGUCAAAGGAACGACAAGACAGCAUUCGGUGCAGGAGUUGCACAGCUGGGGCUUGA